UUUCCAUAUCUCAUCACUUUAUUUUCUUUUCCAUUAGUUCUUCUCUCUUGGCUCUCUCUAGCUAUACGUCUUCCAUGGCAGAAAAACAAGCCAACUUGAACGGAGCCUAUUAUGGCCCUGCAAUCCCUCCCCCAAACACCUACCACCGCCCUGGCCGUAGCUGUGGAUGCGGCUGCUGCCUCUUGAGCUGCCUCCUCAAGAUCAUCAUCGCCAUAGUGGUGGUUGCAGGCCUUGCCGUCUUUAUUUUCUGGCUCGUAGUUCGCCCUAACAAGGUCAAGUUUCACGUCACAGAAGCUACUCUCUCUGAGUUCGAUUAUGCCACCAAUAACAAUACUCUCUACUAUAACCUAUCCAUGACAAUCUCAGUCCGGAACCCUAAUAAGAAGAUUGGUAUCUACUAUGAUAGAAUAGAAGCCAAAGCUUUUUACGAGGACCAGAGGUUCGGUUACGAUAGCUUGGCUCCAUUUUAUCAAGGACACAAGAACACUAGCAUUCUUACCCCUGCAUUCGAAGGUAAGCAAGUGAUACCUGCUCUUGGUGGUGAAGAGCUUACAAAGUUUAAUCAAGAAAAGACUUCUGGGGUUUAUAGCAUCGAUGUGAAGCUGUAUUUGAAGAUUAGAUUCAAGAUUGGUAAGAUCAAGGUUGGCAAGUUCAAGCCCAAGAUCGAGUGCGACUUGAAGGUACCUUUGAGCACAAAUGGUACUGUGGCUCCUAUCGAGACUACCAAAUGCGACUGGGAUUACUGAUCAUCGUCACGGUUGCUAGAGACCCUUGUUUCAUUGAUUUUUUUAGCUUUUCUUGGUAUUAUCAUUUAUUGUUAUUCUUUAUUUAUUUUUUUUUUCCCGUUUCUUGAUUAUACGCUUCCACAUUUAUAGAUAGAGAUUAUGAUCAUCAUAUACUACAUAUUUUCAUGGAUGAGGUUGUAAUAAAUAUAGUUUAUUUUUAUUUUUA